AUGGUAAAGAAUGAAGCUGGUGUAAGGAAGAUUAAACCAAUCAAAAAUCUAAAGAGCAAGAGAAAGAUGGAACACGCACAAGUGCUAACCUUGGCCAACGAUGUGAACAAGCUAUGGUACAUAUGGAAUCUUCGGGUUUGUAUUGUGUUGAGCCUUUUCCUACAAUUUGUUCUGGUUGUUUAUGCUUCGAAGAGGAAACGAAGCAAGUCCAACUUGUUUCACCUGUGGUUCUGGUCAGCCUACUUGCUAGCAGACUGGAUUGCCGCUUAUGCUCUCGGCCAAAUCGUCCAAAUAAGACCAGGUGAUGACAUAAAUGAUCCCAACAAAAGUAGUGAACUCAAUCUAUUUUGGGCACAGUUUCUUCUGCUGCAUCUUGCAGGCCCUGACAGCAUUACUUCUUUGUCACCUGGGGAUAGUGGAGUCUGGUUGUCGACACUUAUACGAUUCCUUUGUCAAGUUGUUGCCACCAUCUUUAGCUUCGUUCUACUUGCACUAGCCAAGAAGAACAAGCUAUGGAUCCCUACAAUCCUAGUGUUCUCCGUUGGACUUAUCAGGUCUUAUGAGAAGGUAAAGACUCUAAUCAAAGCAAGCUUUGAUCGUUUAGGAGAAACUCUCUUGCCAGAACCAAAUCCCGGACCUGACUAUGAAGAUGCUGUGUCGACAGACAGACCAAGAUCAAGGAGUGUCCAGGUUGAGGAAAGGCCAAUUGUCCAUUCCGAACAUGAUGAUCUGAGAGAAGUUUAUGAUCAUGAAGACAUUAGAUUACUCUGUGCUGCUCAUUCUUUCUUUGAAGACUUUAAGGUACUCUUCACAGGCUCUCUUUUAAGCUUAGAAAGUCGAGACCGAAGCCGUGACAACUUUCUUCGACGUUGUCAUUCAGACGCUUUUAAAUUGGUCGAGUACGAACUCAGCCUCUUGCACGAUCUUAUGCACACCAAAACGGCUGUGUUGCUCAACACACUUGGAUACAUUCGUAGAUUUAUUUGUUUCUCUUCUGUUUUAGCGGCAACCAUAUUGUUUUUCCUUUCUGAUAUUACUAGAUAUACUAUAUUCGAUGUCUGCCUCACUGGUGCCUUGCUCGUGGAAACCAUUUUCUUUGAUAUCAUAUCUCUUAUUCAUCUCAUCUUUUCUGAAUGGUGCUUCAUUAGAAGUCCGAGGCUGAGACCUCUAACUCAAGCAACUAUUUUGAAAAGACAACGAUGGUCUAACGCUUUCUUCCAGUAUAACAUUUUCCGGUACUGCCUUGAUCAACGUUGGUCUCAACAAUUCUAUACGUUGGCUGGUUACUUAUUUAACUCAACGGGAUUCACUGAGACUCUGAGAGAAAUCUGGUAUUCACCAUUAACGGAAAUCCCCAAUCACGUGAAAGAAUCCAUUUUCGAAGAGCUCAAGAUGAAGUCUUCGAACGCAAAUGAUUUAAGAGCAGCCAAGGAAGCAUGUUCACAAAGAGGCAUUUGGUCGCUUUCACAGCUUUUGCCAGAAACCAAUCUUAGAUGGAGUAUCGAAGAAUUCGAAUACUUGGAUAGCCUUCUUCUCUGGCACAUAGCUACCGAGCUGUGCUAUCAAAAUCUAGAUUUCGACGACUCUUGCAAAAACGAAGUUCGGUUUUGCAAGUUCAUCUCAAACUACAUGUUUUAUCUGCUAGUCGCGCAGCCAACAAUGUUGUCCCAAGAAAUGGGGAACUUAUCCAUAGUCCUCCAAGAUACUCAAGCAGAGGCAAAGAACUUUUUUACAAAGCACUCAAUUUCACAUCAUAGACAGGCGUGUAACAAGCUGUUUUCUGUAAGAACACCUCAGAGACCGGCUGCUGUGAAGGGAUCGCAGAGCAAAUCUCUGUUGUUCGAUGGCUGCAUUCUCGCCAAAGAGCUUCAAGAUCUGAAGGAGCUGCAGUGGAAGGUGAUGUCCCAGCUGUGGAUAGAGUUGAUGUGUUUUGCAGCCAUUAAUUGCAGCCCAGCCACUCAUGCGCAGCAGCCUAGUAGAGGUGGAGAGCUUUUGACUUUCACUUGGUUGCUCAUGAAUCAUUUGGGUUUAGGAACCCAAUUUUCCUAG